AUGUCUACGGAGGACGCGGCGUUAACAGGGAUCGCGGUGACGGCAGAGCUCAAAAAAAAAUGCGCGUUUUCCAGCUGGUAUGAGGCGUUCAAGGGCCACACUCCGCGGGCCGAGGUGAUUCGGCCGCUGCCCGAGGAGUUCGUGAGCUACGUGGAUCAGCGCGGGAUCAGGCUGGCGCGCGAAGAGGGCUCGAAGUAUUUCUACGGCCAGGAACUGGAGCCUACGACGGACGGAGAGUACAGCGACUGGGAGGGCGGCGACAGCGCGAGUGAGCGGUCGUUCGUGCCGCUGGACCCGGUGGCGGACUUCCCGGAGGUGCACGCGCGGGUGAAGCAGGCGAUCGCGCGGUUCGGCGCGGUGGCGCCAAAGCUGAACCGGUCCGCGCCGAAGGAUGCGAUGUGGCGGCUGCGGAAUUACUCGAUGAAGUGCAAUGAGGCCAACGAUGUGUAUCUGCUGCUGAACGGGUCCAGCCACGUAGCCUGCGACGUGAGCGACACACUUCUCGAUUGGUUGGCCAGCACCGAGGAUGAGCCGGUGAUGGAGCUGGUGCUGCGAGAGUGGCUCGACGUGAACCCGGCGCUGGAGUUCCGCGUGUUUGUACGAGGUGGGGAGGUCCUGGGCGCGUGCCAGCGGGACCUGAACUACUAUGACUACCUGAAGCCGCUGGAGGAGAAGCUGAGGACGGCCAUUGAAGACUUCGUGCACGACGUGAUGCUGCAGCGGCUCCCGGACGACACCUUUGUUGCGGACGUGUACAUCCCGCGGCCGUUCACAAAGGUCUGGCUGAUCGACGUGAACCCGUUUGCGCGGGAGACGGACCCGCUGCUGUUUUCAUGGAACGAGCUGUGCACCCUGAAGCCCAACGCCGAAGGGCAGCCGGAGCUGCGCCUGGUUGCGGAAAACUACAUCGGUCGCUUCGCGGAAAACAACAUCGGUCGCUUCGCAGCGAAGGAGCACUCGGAACACCAGGUACCUCUGGACGUGGUCGAGGCAGGGCUCAAUCCGCAAAGCAUGCAGAAGCUGGUUGAGACAUGGCGGGAUUUGCUUAAGAUACAGGAAGAGGAAUAA